GGGCCCGUCCGCGGAGCGCUCCGCGCGGGGGGCCAUUACAGCCCGUCCUUCGGGCCCGGGCGGCGUCGCUGCCCGCCCCAGCCGCGUGCGGCGCGGGGCCCUUUGAAGUGGGCGAGGUGCGAGCCGGCGCUUUGAUCGCUGACCUCGGGAGCCGGCGGAGGACCCGCUGCAGCUUUCUGGCCAGACGAGUGGCGCCAAGUUCAAACUGGGAGCAACGUGCGGGGUCCCGUACGCGUGAAACCGGCUCAGCCAGGCCGCUUUGGGGCUGGGAUUUCCUCGACCCCUUACUGCGAGGGCUUCCCCGGGGGGAGGCGCCCAGGGGACUCCCGCAGGAAAGCACCCGGGCGGGAGGCUCCGCGCCCCGCGCUCCCCGGCCGGGUCCGAGCGCCGGGAGGUGCCGGCUGCAGAGCGCCCUGCGGGGGGGCGGCCCGCGGGGCAGCUUUGCAUUUCAAGGCGCGGAGCCGGCCCGCAGACUGCCUGGAGCCGGGGCCGCAGACAUUUGCCAGACGUGCGAAGUGCCCGCCGCGCCGCGCCGCGCCCUUAUCUCGCCCGGCUGCCCGCUUUGAUGUGCGCUCGUCCCGGCGGGGCGGCCCCCCGCAUAAAUAGCGCCCGGCCCCGCCGCCCGCCGCUGCCCUCGCCAUGAGCAAGGCCGACUUCUCCGUGGCCUUCCUGGCCCGGCCCGAGCAGCGGCCCGCGGGCAGGUCCCACCUCUGCUGCGCGCCGCCGCCGCAGCCCCCCAGCGCCCUCCGCGGGAGCCCGCUGCUGCUCAGGGCCAAGCCCAGGGGGGCGGCCCCCUCCCCGGGCCGGGCGCCAGCGGAGCCGGGAGCCGGCCAGGUCCGGGCGCUGCCCGCCGAGCCACCGCGGCCGGCGCCCGAAGGCGGCUGGUUGAGUGCCGACGAGUCCUCGGGCUACGAGAGCGAGAGCGCCGCAUCGGGCGCGGCCUCCCCGCCGCAGCCCCGCCGCCUGCGCACCGCCUUCACCUCCACGCAGAUCUGCCAGCUGGAGAAGACCUUCAAGCGGCAGAAGUACCUGGGCGCCGCCGAGAGGAGGAAGCUGGCGGCCGCCCUGCAGCUCUCCGAGGUCCAGGUCAAAACCUGGUUCCAGAAUCGUAGGAUGAAGCUUAAAAGGCAGAUACAAGACCACCAUCAUAGCCUCCUGCCUCCAGCUCCUUUCUACAGCUAUAGCCAAGGGACCCCACCAACUCUGCUACAGGAUUAUUCCCACUAUCCUCUUGGCCCACAGCAGCAAAGACUCCUGCCUUUACCCCCAAGUCCUGCUUUGCAGCUCAACUCUUCCUUUCAAGUAUAUGACUUGCCACAAAAUGCAUCAUAUGGGCUUGUGGCACAUGAUCUGCCUUAUUACCAUCAACACUUUCUACCACAACUUUCCCUCCUUCCAGUUUUUCAAAACAAAAUGGAAGACAAGCAAUUUAACUCCCUAAAGACACUAUAACCAAGGCUAUAUGUCAGAUAUGAAACAAGUAUAUGGUACACUGUAGGCUUUAUUUGCACGUAAAGUGUUUGGCUUGAUAUCAAGUUAAAGGUUCAUAACUAUACAGGCUAAUUCUAACUGAAUUUAACUGAUAUUAAAAUCUCUUAAAUGUAUUGCAAUUUAGUAUUCUAAUUCUCAUUCCUGGAUGUAUAUUCACUUUGAAGAUUUUUGUGUUGUAAGAUUCUGUUGGACUACAUGGUUCUUUCAAUGAAUGGGAACUUUAAAGGACAUAUUUUAAUAGCUAUCAAUUCUACAUUGCCAAAUAGGCAGUGCUUGCAGGGCAGGGAACAAUUAAAACAUGGAACUAGUAUUACCCUUGGUGAGACCUAGCUAGGUAUUAAUGUGCAAGAUCUUUUAUAUCUUGAUCCUUGCAGCUGAUGAAAAGAAAUCUGAAGUUAGUAGUUUCUGGUAAGACUGGAAGUGCAAAAGCUACAUUCUGGCCUUUUAUUUGGUUUUUAUAUCACCAUAAUUCCCCCAGGUAGUCUUAUGUGGAACAGUGAGAGAACAGUUAAAGUUGUUUCCCCGUGUCUUGCUAAUCUGGAGAUGGAAGUUAUACACUGUGUUUACGUUUCAUUUCCUUCAUGAAAGUGAAUUUAAAAAUUAAAAUGAAAACUAAAAGUCUAAGAGAAUUAAAAUACAUAGCUUUUUUUUA